UAGUUCACUUCAUUUUAGAGCAGCAUCCCAAGUAUUACUUUGUUUCCUUAGCUAGACUUUUACACAUUUCUACAAAGAGAGAAGAAAAAAUGGAGUACUCCAGUGAUACAAAGGCGACAGUCAUAAGUACUUCACCAUCAUCUUCUCGCUCCGUUUCGCCGCCGUCGUCGUCUUCUUCUUCUCCUAACUCUCCACCACCACCGCCGAUGGUGGUGGUCAGCCCUUGCGCCGCCUGUAAAAUAUUACGGCGGAGAUGUGCAGAGAAAUGUGUGUUGGCACCUUAUUUUCCUCCCAAUAAUCCUAUCAAGUUCACUACUGCUCAUCGUGUCUUUGGUGCUAGUAACAUUAUCAAGUUCUUGCAGGAAUUGCCUGAAUCUCAAAGAGCAGAUGCUGUAAGCAGCAUGGUGUAUGAAGCUAAUGCUAGACUGAGAGAUCCAGUCUAUGGUUGUGCAGGAGCAAUUUGUCAACUUCAAAAGCAAGUGAAUGAGCUACAAGCACAAUUAGCAAAGGCACAAGCUGAGGUUGUCAACAUGCAAUGUCAACAAGCUAAUCUCAUGGCCCUAAUUUGCAUGGAUAUGGAUCAAUCUUCUCCACAAGCAUCACCACAACAACAAUCUAAUUUGGAAAGUUUCACUAAUAAUAUCCCACAUAGCUUUCAGAACAACAUGAGUUUCCUAGAUGAUAACAAUAACUUUGGAUCAGUGUGGGAGCCCCUCAUGUGGACAUGAUUAUAGACAGAAGCGAAUCCAAGAUUUUAACUCUAUGAGUUCAGGAUUCAAGCUCUAAUAGGUUUUACACAGAAAAAUCAAAUAUAGGCAACGAGUUAUGGGUUCAAACGAACCCACAUCUAUAAUAUAAUGCUAGAUCCCCCUGACUACGGAAACAUGUUCCUCAUAUCAAAGGGCUCUCUAUCAUUAAGUUCGUCAAUUCUAACUUCUAGAUAAUUUCACUAAGUCAAUUUUGAGUAAAAUAUAAUAUCGCGAAUAAAAUCGAUAUAAUGUCGUAUCCUAGAGAAAGGAAUCUGAUGUAUAAUAUAUAUUGAGCCAAAUCUUUAAAGAUUUGUGUUCCA